AUGGGGAGAGCUCCUUGCUGUGAGAAAGUGGGGUUGAAGAGAGGAAGAUGGACCGCUGAAGAGGAUAAGAUCUUGACUGAAUACAUUCAAGAAAACGGUGAGGGAUCAUGGAGGUCCUUGCCCAAGAAUGCAGGUUUGUUGAGAUGUGGAAAGAGUUGCAGACUGAGAUGGAUCAACUAUUUGAGAUCAGACGUGAAGAGAGGGAACAUCACUCCUCAAGAGGAAGAGAUGAUUGUCAAGUUGCAUGCUGUUCUCGGUAAUAGGUGGUCUGUAAUAGCAGGGCAUUUACCAGGAAGGACAGAUAAUGAGAUAAAGAACUACUGGAACUCUCAUUUGAGGAGAAAAAUUUACUGCUUCAUGAAGUCUUUAAAUGAGUCCCUACCCCCCAUUGACAUGGCUGCUAUAAACGUAGCUGCUACUUCCAAGAGAAAAGCUGCAGGUCGAGGUAAAACAAGUCAACCAGCCAUACAAGAGGACAAGAUCAAAAUGGCUUUCAGCCAAAACUCCUUAGAAGAGAACUCAAGGGAUCAUCAGGUGUUUCAAAGAAAAGAAACUUCACAAAGUUCUAAUGCUGGAGAGAUAAAAGGUUAUGCUUUUAACUCUUAUUGUGAGAUGGGGGACAACACAAAUGGUACAAUUCCCACAUGCCCUAGUAUGAAAGGAGAAGUUGAGGCCUUGGGACCAUAUCAAUGGUUAGAUGAUGAAAUUAUGAAACUAAGUUACAUGUUUGAAAGUGGGGUACUUGUAAACCCAUGUGAGAUUGUAACUAGUGAAAAUAACUGUGGACUAGUGGGAGAGGAGAGUAAGAGCAGUGUUUGGAGCUCAUCAAAUGGAGAAAGUGGAGAGUGGAACACUAGCUGUUCAUCAAUGAAUUCUGUGUAUAAUAACUAUCAGUGGCCUGAUAUGCAUUUGGAAGGUAGUGUUCAAUCCUAUAAUCAGUGGCAACUUCGUGAACAAGACCAGAUGAUGACUUCCUUGUGGGGUACUAGCAGUUGUGAAGUAACUGGCUUUCAUCAGUGAUCAAUUGCGUAGAAAUAAUCGGGGGAAAUUAUUCUAAUCAUAAUGUAAUUUUCUGGUGGAGAAUUAAUAAAAGUCUAUCAGUUUCUAAUGUGUUUAGAAGAUGAAAUUCCGGUAUGGUAAAAUUCAUUUAGUUAUGUUCCCAAAAUGUAGUAAAAAAAUGUUUAUUAAGAAGAGUGUAUUAAAUAAAUGUACCAACCAAAAAAAAAAGUGUAUUAU